GCGGCCCGGCCCCACAGCCCGGCGGACCCAGGUUUUGAGGUGCAUUCUCGUGUUGAUAGUCCAGCUUCUUCUGCUUUUGCUACUACACUGCUGUUGUCCCAGUGCCAGCCACCAUGGAUAAGACCGAGUUGAUCCAGAAAGCCAAGCUGGCUGAGCAAGCCGAGCGCUACGAUGACAUGGCCACCUGCAUGAAGGCAGUAACGGAGCAAGGUGCUGAGCUGUCCAACGAGGAGCGCAACCUGCUCUCCGUGGCCUACAAGAACGUGGUGGGGGGGCGACGCUCGGCCUGGAGGGUCAUCUCCAGCAUCGAGCAGAAGACAGACACCAGUGACAAGAAGAUGCAGCUUAUCAAGGACUAUCGGGAGAAGGUGGAGUCUGAGCUCAGGUCCAUCUGCACCACGGUGCUGGAGCUCUUGGACAAAUAUUUAAUAGCUAAUGCAACUAAUCCAGAGAGCAAGGUAUUCUACCUGAAGAUGAAGGGAGACUACUUCCGAUACCUUGCUGAGGUUGCCUGUGGUGAUGACAGAAAACAAACAAUAGAAAACUCACAGGGAGCUUAUCAGGAGGCAUUUGAUAUCAGCAAGAAGGAGAUGCAGCCAACACAUCCAAUUCGCUUGGGUCUAGCUCUUAACUUCUCUGUAUUUUAUUAUGAGAUUCUCAACAAUCCUGAGCUUGCCUGCACACUGGCAAAGACAGCGUUUGAUGAGGCGAUUGCAGAACUUGAUACACUGAAUGAAGACUCAUACAAAGACAGUACUCUCAUCAUGCAGUUGCUUAGAGACAACCUAACAUUAUGGACAUCAGACAGUGCAGGAGAAGAAUGUGAUGCUGCAGAAGGUGCAGAAAACUAAACUGCACGUGGGGCGUCAUUCUCCCUUUCCUUCUCAAGAAACCUUUUUACACGUCUCCAUUCCUUAUAGCUCCACUUGGAUUUCCUAUAGCAAAGAAAACCCAUCCAUGUGUAUGGAAAUCAAUUUAUAGUCUUUUCACACUGCAGCUUUGGGAAAACUCCAUUCCUUGAUUUGUGUUUGUCCUGGCCUUCCUGGUGUGCGGUUACUGCUGUAGAAAAGUAUUAAUAGCUUCAUUUCAUAUAAACAUAAGUAACUUCCAAACACUUAUGUAGCGGACUAAAGUGUACCUGGUAUUUAAAAACAAAUCUGAACCAGUUCCUGCCAGUUGACUGUGUUUUGUAUUACAGUAAGAUAUGAAAAUGUAGUUAAUUGCAACUAAAGAGCGUUCCACAUAGCAUUUAAUUCUCCACAUUCCCUUCUUAUUCCCUUCUGCAGGGUUUCCUUUCCGUAAUUGACUUUCACAUGCUACUGUGUAUUCGUUUCAGUAGGAAUAUGGAAGUUCUGGGCCAGAUCAAGUUGAGCAUUUAAAGUUUGGAAAACCACAAAUUGAGUUGCUUCCCGUAUCAUGUAAUACAGAAGCUUGUGUGUUCAAAAACAGGGGCUUCACUUAAUCUUCAGUUGCUGCUGUUUAAGUUGAUAUCCCUUCCCAAUAAAAGUUCACUUACACUCCUGCCUUUGUAGUUCUGGUAUUCACUUUACUAUGUAUUAGAAGCAGCAUGUUACUGCUGGAGUACAGGCAGUGCUUUUUGGCAGACUGAAGUGCAUGUCAUUUCUUAAUACACUGGAAUGGGAAAACCAAUUGAAGUUCACAUGUCCAAGUAUAAAAUCUAGUACUUUUCCAUGCAGGUUUGUGCACAUGUGAGAAGGUGUCAAGUUUGUCCAGUGAUUGUUAGAGAGUUUGGACCACUAUUGUGUGUUGCUAAUCAUUGAUUGUAGUCCCAAAAAAGCCUUGUGAAAAUGUUAUGCCCUCUGUAACAGCAAAGUAACAUUAAAUAAAAUUACAUUUUAUAAACCA